AUUGACAAACUCCAGUUAUAUUUUCUUCAAUUUUGAAAUUGUUUUGACUUAACCUCUUAUAGACAAAUAUUGAAAUUUAUUUAUUUUGGUUUGAAUUAAAUCCAAAAAAUGGCAUCGACUAGAGAAAGACGAGCAAAUGCCGGUAAUAAAAUGGCUAAGUUGUUAAAUGAAGAAGAGGAAGACGAUUUUUAUAAAACUACUUAUGGUGGCUUUGAUGAAGUUGAACAAGAUCAUGAUUAUAUGGAAGAGGACGAAGGUGAAGAUGAAGUGGAUUCUGACUUUAGUAUUGAUGAAAACGAUGAGCCAGUUUCUGAUACAGAACAAGAAAAUCCUAAAAAAAAACGUAGAUUAAUAACUAAAGCUUACAAAGAACCAAAAGCAGUUACAACUCAAUCAUCUGCACCUUUAAGGGAAAAGAAAAUAAGACGCCAAAGACACGAUAAAUUUCUUAUAGAUAGUACCGAAAGGAAGUCUAUACGUCGGUCUACUGCUGCUAAGUCAGCGGCAACUCAAAAGCGUUUAUUAGAAAGAAAUGAAGAUCAAAAGAAAAAAACUAAAGUAAUUAAACAUGAAACUUGGAAACCUACGCAGGAAGAAUUACUCGAAGAAGCAUUGCAAACUGAGCAAAUAAAUAUGAAAUCAUUAGAAAAGUACCAAAAAUUAGAAAAUGAGAAAAAGAAUACGAGAGCUGUUAGAAAAGCACAUGGAGGUCCAAUGAUCAGGUAUCAUUCUAUGUCAAUGCCUGUAAUGGUUAUUACUGAACCAGUAGAAAAAGAAGAUGUUAAAAUUAAUGUAGAAGAAGGAGAUGAUGAGAAGAAUGUGGUUCCAAGUUCCAAUAGUGUUUCUGACGUAUCCGUCCUAGGAGAUUCUGAAGCGACUAAUUGUGAUGCAGAAGUUGAGCCAAAAGAUAAAUUAGAUGAUGGCACAAAAAAUAAAAUAAAUCUUCAAUGUGAAGAAACAGGAACGUUUUACGAACGAUCAUUUAUCACAUUUGAAAAUGACCAAUUACUAUUAGAAACAUUUAAAAAACCUACUCCACUAAAGCCAGCAACAAAAGCUCUAUGUGCCAUAACAAGGCUCCCCGCAAAAUACUUAGAUCCUAUGACACAGUUGCCGUAUAAAAAUGUACAAACAUUACGUUUACUUCGUGAAGCAUAUUAUCGUCAAUUAGAAGCUCGUAGCGAUAUCAACGAUACUUCGUUAAGUCCAGAAUUAUUACGAUGGCUCGAAUGGAGACAAAAAAAUUGUGGUACAAAUUAUAGAAGCACUAUACGUCUUGAACCAGCAACGAUUUCUACAAAUUCGUAGCAUAUUUAAUUAUUUAAUAAAUAGUAGAUACAAGGAAAAAAGAACAAUUAAUAUUAUAAUUUUUAUAGUUAAUUAACGAUUCAAGUAAUAAUUAUCUAUUUUUUAAAUAUAGUAUUAUAGAAUUUAUACAAUUGUUUAAGUUGUAAAAAUGCUUUUUUUAAAUAUGUAAAAU